AUGGUAUCACGCAAGGUAUACAAUAUGUGCCAACGGCAAACAGUGACCUCAGACUUAGCUCGUGACCCGUCGCAAUGUCCGCAAGAGGUUUUUCAUAAGCUGUUUGAGAGUCAUCAUGCAUCACAUACAUAUGGCGCGGAAGAAUCAGAUGGCGACAAAGCGUCGGAAUGGGAAACGUUGAAUGAACUGCAGAAAGCUCGCGCCUGCGGGAACUUUGGGUCUGUGGAAACGAGUGAUCUAUUUUUAAAGGUUUAUUAUGACGCCUUAUGUUGUUUAGAAAAAAACCCAAUGUCUGGCGUUGUAUCGCCCCAAUUGAUGGGGAGCACAGGAGUUCUACCACUGACAAUUGUCGCCCCAUUACCCGAUCUAUGUCGCCAUUUAGCAAAUUGUAUCGUCCGCGCCGAACAUGAAGUCUUUCUGGGUACCAAUUUCUGGAUCUACUCGGACGCAUCGACAUUAGUGACGAAUGCCAUUCGGGAACUUUCCAAACGAGCAGGUGAAAGGGGUCAAAAAGUAGUUAUGAAGAUGAUCUAUGAUCGUGGAGAUCCUCGCCAGGCAUGGGAGAAUAGACUGAGUGUCCGCGAGGAACAAUAUGUGGGCGGAAAAGUAAAGCUACCUGCCACGAGCGAAAUCCCCAACGUCGAUCUCCAAGUCAUCAACUUCCACCGGCCUGUCUUUGGAACUUUCCAUGCAAAGUUCACUGUUAUUGAUCGACGCAUUGCUAUCAUACAGAGCAGCAAUAUCCAAGACAAUGAAAAUCUUGAGAUGUUAGCUCAUAUCGAGGGCCCGAUUGUUGAUUCUUUUUACGAUACUGCUUUGCUGUCGUGGGGAAAGCUUCUCGACCCCCCGUUCCCACUUCUGAACUCUCCAGCGAGAGAUGCUCCGAUACCAUGCCAUGAAGAAAGAAAUGGUAUUUCUACAGAGAAUGGAGAUAUAGCCCUUCCUGAGCAUACUACCAACUCUCCACAUUAUGAUGGAAACUUUGAGCAAGAGGCCCGGAGAGUCAACGGUUGUAUUCACCCACAAGGUGACGAAACGCGCACACAAGCGGUCAGCCGUCAUCUCAAUACAACCAUCCAACCUGACACAACCGGUGAUGCACCAGAAAGUGACCAGGAUAAUAUGUUCAACCCUUACAUGGUCUUACCUCGCCACGAUCCCUUCGCAAUGGCAAUGGUAAACAGGGAACCAUAUGGGUCCCCAAAUCAUAGCAGCGUCUACACCCCGCAAAACUCGGCGUGGAUGUCCGCAAUCAAUAACGCCCAGCAUUCCAUCCUUAUACAGACACCAAACAUGAACGCUGAGCCUCUAAUAGAACCCCUCAUUGACGCUGUUCGCCGCGGCGUCAUGGUAUCCUGCUAUCUAUGCCUUGGCUAUAACGACGCAGGAGAGCUCCUCCCGUUCCAAAAUGGAACCAACGAAAUGAUUGCGAAUAGGAUGUACAACUCCCUCAAUACCGACGAGGAGAAGUCUUGUCUGCAGAUAUGCUAUUAUGUCGGCAAGGACCAGACUCGCCUGAUUCAUAAUAGCUUCAAGAAGCGGAGCUGUCAUAUUAAGUUGAUGAUUGUUGAUGAGCAGAUUGCGAUUCAAGGCAAUGGAAACCUCGACACCCAGUCAUUCUUCCACAGCCAGGAAGUGAAUGUUCUUAUUGAUUCUAAGCUCGUUUGUCGGUCUUGGAUAGAGUUGAUCAAUCGCAACCAAAAUACUCUUAAAUAUGGCGCUGCGAGUAAGAAGGAUGGCUGCUGGCAUGAUCCUGAGACUAACGAGAUUCCGGCGGGCUCGAUUGGGCCCGUACCGGGUCGGUUCAGUUGGGCCAAGGGAUUCGUUGGCGCUGUACAGCGGGUGAGAGGUGCUGGUGGAUUCUAG